AUCCCCCCGCUUUGACCCAUGCACACACCUCGCGUUCCCACUGCUCACUCCCCCUAAUCCCGCACAAUAAAACCCCCCCACACUCGGCUCCCCUUCUCCCAUUCUCUUCAUACACAGCGGGAGAGAAACAGAAACAGGUGCAUCGAUGGGGUCGCGUACGCUGCUCCUUUCGGCGGUGGUAGUGCUCGUCGUAGCUUCGUGCCACGAGUCCUCGGCGGCGGCGGCGGAGGAGGAGGAGGAGAGGAGGACGUACAUCGUCCACAUGGCCAAGUCCGAGAUGCCCGCCGAGUUCGAGGAGCACGGCGCGUGGUACGGCGCCUCGCUCCGGUCCGUGUCCGACUCGGCCGAGCUGCUCUACGCCUACGACGCGGUGGUCCACGGGUUCGCGGCGCGGCUCACCGCGUCCGAGGCCCGGGAGCUGGAGAGCCGGCCCGGGGUGGCUCUGGUGAACCCGGAGGUCCGGUUCGAGCUCCACACGACCCGGACCCCGGAGUUUCUGGGCCUGGACCGGGGCCCCGACGGCGCGUGGGGGCUCGGCCCCGCGCCCGAGUCGAACGCGGGCUCGGACGUGGUGGUCGGGGUGCUGGACACCGGGGUGUGGCCCGAGCGCGCCAGCUUCGACGACGCCGGGUUCGGGCCCGUCCCCGCGUGGUGGCGCGGCGCGUGCGAGUCGGGCGCGGACUUCAACGCCUCCUCCGCGUGCAACCGCAAGCUCCUCGGCGCCCGCUUCUUCGCCCGCGGCUACGAGGCGAGCAAGGGGCCCAUCGACGUCGCCGGGGAGUCGCGGUCCCCGCGCGACAACGACGGGCACGGGACGCACACCGCGUCCACCGCGGCGGGCGCCGCCGCGCCCGGGGCGAGCCUCCUCGGCUACGCGGCGGGGACGGCGCGCGGCAUGGCGGCGCGCGCGCGCGUGGCCGCGUACAAGGUGUGCUGGCUCGGGGGCUGCUUCAGCUCCGACAUCCUCGCGGGCAUGGACGCGGCGGUGGCCGACGGGUGCCACGUGCUCUCGCUCUCGCUCGGCGGGGGCUCCGCCGACUACUUCCGCGACAGCGUGGCCAUCGGGGCGUUCGCGGCCAUGGAGAAGGGGGUGCUCGUGUCGUGCUCGGCGGGGAACUCGGGCCCCGGCGCGUCCACGCUCUCGAACGUGGCCCCGUGGAUCACCACGGUCGGGGCCGGGACCAUCGACCGCAACUUCCCCGCCGACGUGGUGCUGGGCGACGGCCGGAACUACUCGGGGGUGUCGGUCUACAGCGGCAGGCCCCUGCCCGCCAACAGGCUCCUCCCGCUGGUGUACGCCGGGAACGCCACGAACGCCACCGCGAACGGGAACCUGUGCUUGCCCGGGACGCUGGCGCCGGAGAAGGUGGCGGGCAAGCUGGUGCUGUGCGACCGCGGCGUGAACGCGCGGGUGCAGAAGGGCGUCGCCGUGCGGGACGCGGGCGGGGCCGGGAUGGUGCUCGCGAACACCGCGGCCAGCGGGGAGGAGCUCGUCGCCGACGCGCACCUCCUCCCGGCCACGGGCGUGGGCCAGAGAGCCGGGGACGCCAUUCGCGCCUACCUCUUCUCCGACCCCAACCCCACCGCCACCAUCGCCUUCGCGGGCACGCAGGUCGGGGUGCGCCCCUCGCCCGUCGUGGCCGCGUUCUCGUCGCGCGGGCCCAACGCGGUCACCCCGGGGUUGCUCAAGCCCGACCUCGUCGCGCCCGGGGUGAACAUCCUCGCCGCGUGGACCGGGUCGGUGGGCCCCACCGGGCUCGCGGCGGAUCCGCGCCGCGUCGAGUACAACAUCAUCUCGGGGACCUCCAUGUCGUGCCCCCACGUCAGCGGCCUCGCCGCGCUCCUCAGGGGGGCCCACCCGGAGUGGAGCCCCGCCGCAAUCCGCUCCGCGCUCAUGACCACCGCCUACUCCGCGUACCCGGGCGGCGGCGGCGGCAUCCUCGACGUCGCCACGGGCAAGCCCGCCACGCCGUUCGAUGUCGGCGCCGGACACGUGGACCCGCCGAGAGCUGUCGAUCCGGGGCUCGUCUACGACCUCGGCCCCGGCGACUACCUCGACUUCCUAUGCGCUCUCAACUACACUUCACCCCAAAUCGCGGCGGUCGCCAAGCGCCCCAACUACACGUGCGACGACGGUAGCAAGGCCUAUUCGGUGACUGCGCUCAAUUACCCGUCCUUCGCGGUGGCGUUCUCCGCCGCCCCCGCCGGUGGCUCCGCCGUGAAGCACGUGCGGACGCUCACCAACGUCGGCGCGCCCGGGACGUACAAGGCCACGGCGGCGGUGGUGGGUGGCGGAGGGGCGGUGAAUGUAACGGUGGACCCGGCGCAGCUGAGCUUUUCCAAGGUCGGGGAGCGGCAGAGCUACACAGUGAGCUUCUCCGCUCCGCCGUUGCCCUCGGGCUCGGCCGGGUUCGGCCGGCUCGUUUGGUCCGACGGGAAGCACGCGGUCGCGAGCCCGAUCGCGGUCACUUGGACCUGAUUUUGAUCGAACUUGGCGAGAUUAAAAGCAAAUCGCACUAGCGCCCUGCUCUGAUCUUUGCGGUGCACCGAAGGGAACGGUGGACCCGAGAUAUAUCAUGGUUUACUUUAUACUGAAGUUUUAAUUUGUUGCUCAGUUUAAAACAAUGUGUUUGAUUCUGAAACAUUUGUUUACUAAAGUUCAGUGAUGAUUUGUGGAAAUUAGUGAGAUGGGCGGACGAAGAUAGGGGAUCGGGAAAAGAUUAUUAGGUUUAUUAAAAGGUUGGCUUUGGUAAGCUGUGUAUAUUUGUUGUAAUCUCAUGAGUUUGAUGGGAGUGUUUGAUUUGGGUAAUGAAAGCGAUUGAUAGUUACAAA